AUGGAUCCCUAUUUAAUGAAAAAAGGAGUUCAAGUAUCAGGAUCCAGCUCUACAGACGAGUGCCAAGUUACCCCAGUUAUUCAUGUUUUGCAAUACCCUGGAUGUGUACCUAAACCAAUACCAAGUUUCGCGUGUAUUGGAAGAUGCGCUUCGUAUAUCCAAGUGUCUGGCAGCAAAAUUUGGCAAAUGGAACGUUCGUGCAUGUGUUGCCAAGAAUCAGGAGAAAGAGAGGCUUCAGUAUCGUUAUUUUGUCCAAAAGCCAAACCAGGGGAGAGAAAAUUCAUCAAGGUAACAACAAAAGCCCCCCUGGAGUGCAUGUGUCGUCCGUGUACAGGAGUUGAAGAAAGUGCCAUUAUUCCACAAGAAAUUGCUGGUUACGCAGAUGAAGGCCCCUUAUCAAAUCAUUUCUUAAAAUCGCACCAACAAUAA